CCUGUUUGACAGAAACUAUGAAGAGACCACGCCCCCUCGAGGUAACAUUCCCAUGACGUCAUUACAGAUCAUUGCGGAAGUGAAACGGUCGACAGACAGAAACACAAAUAAGUUGUUGUGUUGACGCGUCUCUGAAACUUACAGAUAGACUGUCAUCAUGCUGGGAGGAGGAUUCAAAGCAGAGAGACUAAGAGUCAACCUCCGGCUGGUCAUCAAUCGACUCAAACUCCUUGAGAAAAAGAAAACUGAGCUUGCUCAAAAGGCAAGGAAAGAGAUCGCAGAUUACCUGUCAUCAGGAAAGGAUGAGCGGGCCCGGAUCCGUGUGGAGCACAUCAUCAGAGAAGACUACUUGGUGGAAGCCAUGGAGAUCCUGGAGCUUUACUGUGACCUGCUGCUGACUCGCUUUGGCCUCAUUCAGUCCAUGAAGGAACUGGACCCAGGCUUACAGGAGGCAGUUUCCACCCUCAUCUGGGCAGCGCCUCGUCUCCAGGCAGAAGUGUCUGAACUAAGAACUGUAUCUGAUCAGCUAUGUGCAAAAUAUAGCAAGGAGUACGGCAAGCUGUGCAGGACAAACCAGAUUGGCACAGUCAACGACAGGCUGAUGCACAAACUGGGCGUGGAGGCCCCUCCCAAGAUCUUGGUGGAGCGCUACCUGAUAGAAAUCGCCAAGAACUAUAAUGUGCCGUACGAACCUGACGCCAUGGUCCGGCCUGAGGUGUCUCUUGGAGAGGAGGCAGACCUGAUUGACGUGGACAACGACAAGAAGUCUGGAAGAGGAGGAGGAGGAGGAGGAGGAGGUGGAGGUGGUGGAGGUGGAGGUUUCACUGCUCCUGGUGGUGCUAUGCCCAUGCCCAUGGGCAUGCCUAUGCCCAUGUCCAUGCCCAUGCCAACAGCUUUCAACUAUCCACCUCCCAAAGGAGCCGGACCGUAUAAUCCCGUCGGAACCUACAGCAACUUCCAGCACCCCAUGGGAGGAGCGCAUCCCCCUCAGCUGCCCACUUGUCCCCCCACAUAUGAGUCUAUUGAUGACCUAACUCCCAAACCCUCUUUUCCUUCCCAGGCUGUAGGUCCUGGUCCUUCGUUCCAGCCAUUUGACACCAACUCUCUCCCAGAGCUCCCCUCUGUUCCAGACACACUCCCCACAUCUUCCUUCGGCAGAAACCCCACCAGUUCGGAUGACAUCGACUUUGACGACUUAACAAGGCGGUUUGAGGAGCUGAAGAAGAAGGCCUAACUGCUACAUCCCUGGUUUAUAUACAUACACAUACACACGGGCCUGUACCAUCACCUACGCAGCUCAGAACAGGAAAUGAAAAAAGGUUCAAGGCUCUGAGUCAGAUUUGAAUAGUUCUCCCCCCUUCCACAGUGAAGUAAUCUUACAUAGAUAUUAAACAUACAUGUAAUCUUACCUCAUUUGUAUAAAUAUGACCGUGUCAGUCAGCAGACAGUACCAGUGAGUACCAUAUGUUUUAAUUUCUUUCUACAGGGCACGUAAUAUAUAUUCUGACAUACAAUCAUAUGGUUGCUGACCUCUGUUCUCUCCUUGUCAUUGAAGGUCACACUGACUUUUAACUUUUCCAAUUCGUCUGUAUGAUUUAUUAUAUAACCAAACUUAGAUUUUAAUUGUAGCUUUCCCUGGGGUGUUUUUUUGGGGGUCUGAUGAAUAUUUACAGUACAUGCCUUGAUUCUACUUUGCAAAUGCUGUGUUGCUGUGAUCUUUCCCACUGUGUCACUCACUCCAGUCUCAGACUAGUCAAACAAGCCCGACCGGCCGCCCCAGUUUGAUGGGGAGCUGGCGUUCACACUAACAAAGGCUAGAGUUUGUUUCCCAGGCAAGGCUCCAUACUCAAUGAUUUUUUUUUUUUUUUUUUUUACAUAAAGGUAUCAUGACAGAUGGAAGCCAUAUUUUCAGUGUCUUGCGUAGUCAUGCAGUUUUGUCACCGCGGAAAGGUCAUUAUGAAACACUCCUUGUUUAUUUAUACCAGAAAAAAUGGGUAUACUGUAUGAGUUCACGGUGACGCAUGUCAAACCUGUUACAGGGGUGGUGGGGCACAGAUGUGAAGUGAUAAAACAGUGUAUGGAAAUCUGUAAUAUAAUACAUUAACAAUGAUAUAGAUUGACCUAUUUACACGAAUGAUUGAACUGUAUAGCAAAAAAGAGUUUGGUAGUAGGGAGUUGUUCAAUAUUUGACAAAUCAGUUUUUUUAAUACACAGUACCUCCAAAAAAAACCCCUUUUGAAUGUCAGUCCGACCAAAUAGCUGCACCUUCUUAUCGUUGAAGUACUUCAUUUACAAGCAAAAUGUGUGCAGCCAAACAACAACCUGAUUUGAUUGAUGUAAAUAUUGUCCCCAGAGGUAAUCGGUUCCUGUUGUCCUCUGUGCAUGUGUCUUACACUUUAUGUGCACCACUGCAUUUGCCUUAGUUACCAUUUCUCAUCAGAGGCCUUGCCAGUCUGCACUAGGAUUAUGCAUUAGUUGUCCAUCAAGACUGGAUACUUGUUACCUGUAGUGGACUAGAUUACACUUUGCUUUAUUUUGCUUUGCCCCAUAAACAACUCUCUAAAAAUCUGUUGAGUUGAAAUUUGCGGACUUGAUGAAAAAAAUCAUCUGUACUGGUAAUAGAGGUCGAUGUUUCUAUUUCCUGUGGAGAAAUACGGGAGUGAGAGGGUUUUGUUGUCGUACAGACGUGACGCGUCGCUGCAACCUCACCGCACCCGGCUCUGCUUGCAUGGCAAAUGGAGGGUGGCCUUGAAUAAAAAUGAGUCAGCGAUCUCUGGUUCAGCUGGGUGAUAGACACAGUUUAUUGAUAGGUUUUACAUGUGUUGAAGUAGAGAGCGAUUAUUAACACUACAGAACUGUGAUCUGCUCACUGUCUUUUCUAUGUUGGACUGUUCUUUCAUGCUAAACAUUGAGACACAAAAAAUGGUGUCUUGUUGCAUAAAAAGAGGAGUUUUUUUUCCACUGUAUACUAAAAUAACAAUUUAAUAAAAGAUUAUUUGGAACUGGAA